UUGGAAAGCAGAGAGGGAGAACAAAAGCUCCAGGUCGUCACUCUCCGGAAGCCCCCAUUCCCUUGUUCUCUCCGCCGCUCGCCGGACUUCAGACGGACGAGAGAAGAUGCUCAAAUUCUUGUCGAAGGUGCAGAUCGAGUUCAAUCCGCUGAACCCGCGGACGGCGGCGUGCAUGGAGUUCUUGGCGCAGUGCAACUCGCGCAAAGCGAAGGAAUCGAACCCUGCGUGCCAGGUCGAGGUGAAGCGGCGCAUUGAUGAUCAUCCGCCUCAGAUCACCGUGACCUAUGUGAAUGGCGUCGUGGAGAACAUCGAUGCUGCCUCAACCCCGGCUCAGCACAUCCGGCAGCGCAUUCUUGAGCGUGGCCAGCUCCUUGAGACGGAGCAGAUGUUCCGUGAGGCUGGAGAGCCUUGGCCUGUGCUCAUUCCCGAGGAGGAGCUCCACCAGACGUUCCCUGGGACCAAGCCAAGGAAAGCACAAGAGAAGAGCCAAUGAUCUUGCAUUGCUAUAUGACAAUUCAUUUAGUUACUCUGUCAUGGCACUCCAUUAUUGUGCUCUUUUUAUCCAUGGAGAUGUGAAAUAACUUAGCUUGUUUUCUUGAAGAUCUCUCUAAUAGCUCAGAUAAUCUCAGACAUGAAAGGUAUAUCUAUCUACCAACCAGGUGAUGAUGUUGAAAGAGAAUUUUAAUUAGUUCAUGCACUUGUAAGUCCCAUGUCUUCACAUUGUGCUUCACUUAGAUUACCAAUUUUGAAUUUUUCUCUUGGCAUGCAGGCUUUAUUUCAUGUAUUGAAGAUCUCAUGUGUUUAUGUUGCUUUUGACUUGCCAUCAAAUUAUCACUUUCUGAAUUCCCAUGGAUUUCUUUUUCAAAUAAUUUGU